AUGAGCACACCCGUAGCACGCCCUCCCUCGAAGAGACCAACACCAGAGGAAUCCAAACAACCUCCUCAAAACGAACAAGUCAACUCCCUGCUCUAUAACCAAAGAUGCAGCGAUAUAUGGAUGCUCCUUCUCGGACUCCGAUUCAUCAACGCGCUAUGCGUCCGCACCUUCUUCCAGCCAGACGAGUAUUUCCAAUCCCUAGAGCCAGCCUGGCAAAUGGCCUUUGGAUCGGAAAGUGGAGCCUGGAUCACGUGGGAAAGAAUGGCAGUAUCAGCUGCGCUCUUCCUUACAUCCGGCUCUUUUCGCGCGACGGUUUUGGCGGUGCUGCCGAAUAUUGUGCAGGCGUAUUUUGCGGCCGUGGGGGAUUAUUAUACAUGGCAACUGUCGGAGAAGAUAUACGGUAGAGGAAGUAAUGCUAAUUGGGCUUCUCUUUUGAUGACAAUCUUCAGUCCCUGGCAGUGGUUCUGCUCGACUAGGACAUUCUCAAAUUGCCUCGAGACGACUAUGACCAUUACUGCGUUAAAUUUUUGGCCGUGGAAAUUCUCAUCGGAUAGUGUUCUAGAUGAAUCUGCAGGCGUGAAGGAGACGGCUGUAGCGCCUGCCAAGAUCUCGAUUUUCGAAGAGCCUGGGUCUGUCAAGGGGCUUAUUACGUCUCUUCUACUUGCUGGGACUGCCUGCAUCCUACGCCCGACGAAUGCACUUAUAUGGUUUUCCAUUGUAAUGGCAACGAUAACUCGAUUCUUCUCGGGUUCCCGACUAAAACCCUCUGACUAUCUGUUUCUCAUCCGACAAGUUGUUUUAUUUGGACUAGUCAUACUUUUCGUCUCGGGAAUCUCAGACAGACUAUACUUCGGCGAGUGGACCUUCCCACCAUACCAGUUCCUCAAUUUCAACGUCAACCAAGACCUUGCAGUCUUUUACGGACGCAAUGUCUGGCACUACUAUCUUUCCCAAGGCCUCCCUUUACUUCUCACAACCUACCUACCAUUCGCUUUAAUCGGACUCUGGAACUCGGCUUCCCUUCCAGCAGGCAACAUCCGCUUCCUACUAGCAACCACGAUCCUCGUGACCGUCAGUACCCUCUCCCUAAUCGCGCACAAAGAAGUCCGCUUCAUCUACCCGCUCCUCCCUCUCCUCCACAUCCUCGCCGCCCCCUCAAUCAGCGCCUUCUUCCACACUCCACAAAACCGAACAACCCAUCCAACCCCUGUCCCCACGACCACGACCACGACCACGGCCCCUACCAUCCACCGCAAGCCCCUGCUAGCUCUCCUCCUCCUCCUCAAUCUAUCCAUCGCAGCCUUCACAACCCUAAAUCACCAACGCGGCGUCCUCUCCGUCCUAACCUUCCUCCGCCACGAAUACGAAACCACGCACCCCACGCUCCUCGACCCCAACGGCGCCUUACGCCCAUCAUCCCACGAUACCGACACCAAAAUCGAAACAUUCGCCGCCUUCCUCAUGCCCUGCCACAGCACGCCCUGGCGCAGCAAGCUCUCGCACCCGUCCCUACACGCCUGGGCGCUAACCUGCGAGCCGCCGCUGCAUCUCACAGCGCGCACGCCAGAACGGGCGGCGUACCGAGACGAGGCGGAUCGGUUCUAUGACGAUCCGCAGAGGUUUUUCAGGGAGGAGAUUGGGGUGGCUGGGGGGGAGAGGCCGUGGCCGCCG